AUGGACAAUACAGACGAACUGCUCGAAGCAACCACCGCUCUGAUUCCGCCAUUGCUCACGGGUAUAGAGGUUAUGGGGCAUGCGGCCAGACACCUGCACCCGCCGAACAUUGCCCAACUCGCACAGGAAAUACUGCCUUAUCGGGAGCCGGUAAAACAAGGGCUGGCACAAUUCAUUGCCGCGGCCUGGCCCGAGCAUCUUGCGGGUUUUGUCCAGCAGGCGACCAACAGCGGUGAGCUUCUGAUGCGUGGUUUUGACGAAUUUCUGAGCGCACAGAAUCAGAGCAAUGCAGCCAUGGCCGCGUAUCGCGCCGUCGGAUUCAACACCCGUGCCACAGAAUCCAUCUAUCCCUUAAGCGCCAUGCUGCCACCCGUGAGUCGUUACUUCCUGCUGCCGGAGUGCCGGGACGAUGAAGAUCUGCUGGCGCGUCUGGCUCAGGUAGACCCGCAGCAACCCAAUGUCGGUGUGAUGCAUAUAUCUAAUGCGGCUGACGAGCGUGGUGGAUUCUCCCUUUAUGUUCCGGAGUAUUACGCCGGGGAGACUGUGCCCGUUGUGUUUGCGCUACAUGGUGGCAGCGGUCAUGGCCGCAGUUUUUUAUGGUCCUGGAUCAAGGCGGCGCGCAGCAGGAAUGUGAUUAUCGUCAGCCCAACCUCGAAAGAGGGUACCUGGUCGUUGAUGGGGCCGGACAUAGAUACAGAAAAUCUGCAGGCCAUGUUGGCCUAUGUGCAGGCGCACUGGGCAAUUGACACCGGUAAGGUGCUGUUAAGUGGUAUGUCUGAUGGUGGCACAUUCAGCUAUGUCAGCGGCCUGCAGAGUACGUCGCCGUUCACCCAUCUGGCGCCGAGUUCUGCCUCGUUCCACCCGAUGCUGGUAGAAGUGGCGGAUGCCCAGCGCCUGCAGGGGUUACCGAUUUACCUGAUGCAUGGCGCACUGGACUGGAUGUUUCCGAUAGAAGUUGCGCGCACUGCCCGGCAGGCAUUGUCCGGUGCUGGUGCGGCGGUUGAAUAUCGGGAAAUUGAUGACCUCUCGCACACCUAUCCGGUGGAAGAAAAUCCACGCAUUCUUGACUGGUUAACAAGUUGA